CCGUCGCGAAAAUUAGUCGGCGAGAGAGUCGAAAGCCGUCGUACGCGUCGAAGCACGCCCCGAUGGUGUCGCGAACUGUGGCCAAUUGAUCCGAUUGGCCGAUUGAACGUCGACAGCGUAAACGCGACGCGGAAAGACAGCGGUGCGACCACAGGCUUCUUUCGAAUUAUUCCUUCCUUCGAGAUCGAAUUAUUCCAAGAGUCGUUCGAUCGUCCCGCGCCGCAGAAAUGUGCGACUACUCGUCGAUCGCCGUGCUCGUUUUCGCGUCCUUCGCGAGCAUCCUCGCCGAAGGGGAAACGAUCGGCGACGCGACGUUCGAAUCGUUGUUGAGAUAUCCGAGGGCUUUAAACCUGAGCAGCCGGAAUCAAGGUUCGCCGCAGCUAGUCAAUAUGAACGGCAAUUUCAAUUAUCAAGCCGCGCAACAGGUGUUUUUUGUAACCGGGGCAUCGCUGGCGCGCGAUUUGUUGUCGAGCAAAGGGCCGAAGGGCUGCGCGACCUUCCUCGACAGGGACGAUUACGUUAUGAAACCGGGCAUAGGAGCGUACAAGCUGCACAGGCGCAAGAUCCGGUGGAACCACGCUCGGAAGUCUUGCGUCGACGAAGGAGGUAAUUUGGCGGUGUUGAACAACGCGGAGGAGGAGAAAUUCCUCGCGGAGUGGCUGCGGAGAGAGAGCGUCGACCGUGCCUUCUUGGGUGUCCACGAUCAGUUCGAGGAGGGCGAUUGGGUGACGUACACCGGGGAGUCGCUCGACAGCGUCGGCUUCGAGAAAUGGGCCACCGAGCCGUUCCCGAAUCAGCCGGAUAAUUACGGCGGCGAGCAGAACUGCGGGGUCCUCAACAAGGAAGGCGGAAUGGACGACGUCCAGUGCUUCCACCUGCAUCCCUAUUUAUGCGAGAUCACCUUCUGCUAAACGUCUCCGUUUCGCCGCCGAUAAACGAUCGUCGAGUCUCGAACGAUCGUAUCGUUCGUCGUGGAAGAUCGCGACACGAUUACAGCAAUGUCUCUCCAAUCGACGCUCGGAUUGUCCACGCAACUGGACAAUUUCGGAAGAGGAGUUCGAGCUUCGCGACUCGUUUUCGUGGUUGUUGACAGUCGCUAACUAAAAAAUCGUGCCGCGAGCCUCGGAUAAUCGUGUCUCCUGUUCUCAAACUGUCUCUUUUCGUUUCGAAGCCGAGCGUCGAUUAGGGAGAAUUCAUUGUACUUCGAAGUCUUCCAUCGUUUCGACCGAAACAAGUUCCUACAGAGAGUCGCCGCGUCGUCGCGCGACGAAACGGGUUCCGCUUUCGUCGAACUUCGUUUUAAUCUCGAGAGGAUUUCGCGAUAUUCGCUGACAGCGGAGCGGCGCCAAGAUCCAGCGAAUCGAUGCGCGAGAAAACCGGGUCCCGUGUAUCUCGAAACGCGAUCCGAAGGUCGCGAAGAAGAGACAGCGGCGCGUCGAAGCGAAGGUCGCGUGAG